AUGCCGUCUCCCAAGUCGUCGAUCCCUGAGGACCACUCUGCGCCAGAUUUGGAGAUCGCUAGUUCGAAGUUGACAAUUCAUCCAUCCGGCUUCACUGGAGGCCCUGAAUCCCACGAUGAACAGAUUACGGAACGCAAUCUUGUUCGCCACAUGGUACGAUUCCGUGAGAACCCUCUCGAUUUCCUGCGGGAAGUAAGCUUGUACAUGUCCGGUACAGGCUGGCGCGCAUAUGAUGAACCUAUCGGCCAACCAAUCUUCUACCCUGGCUUCUCCGAACGGAUGAAGAACAUGAUAUUGGCCAGCCCUCUCCUGCAGAAUAAGGUCACUGAACUGGCCAAUGGUCGGCUUGCGGUUGAAGAAAAGGAAGGACUGCUGGCAAUCAAAGAAGGCGUAACACAAGACGAAAAACGCGCCCGUCGCAGGACUGAGAUUGAAGACAGCCUUCGGGAGGUUGUGGAUACAAUGAUGGAAAACAUGAUUUGCAAGAUGGAAAACAAAAGAUUUAUUCGGAGCGCUUAUUAUAUGUGCACACAGCUCUUGACUCGAGCUUAUCAUCAAGGAAUCCAUGUAUCUAGCGAGGAAAUCUUGCGUUUACGUUCCGUGGCUGAAACUGCGGCCAAGAAGAAACAGUCCAUUGUUUUCCUGCCUUGCCAUAAGUCUCAUGUGGAUUAUGUGUCACUACAACUUAUCUGCUACCGUCUCGGAAUUUCUUUGCCAGUUAUUGUCGCGGGUGACAAUCUCAAUAUUCCGUUGCUGGGCGCUUUCUUACAACACGCAGGCGCUAUGUGGAUCCGACGAAGCUUUGGAAACGAUCCAUUAUAUCACACCGUCGUACAGGCCUACAUUGAUACUCUCCUUCAACAGGGCUUUAACUUCCAAUGCUUUAUCGAAGGUGGUCGUUCAAGAACUGGAAAGCUGCUCUCGCCUAAGUUUGGCAUCUUGAGUUUUAUCAUGGACAGUUUACUAUCAGGUCGGGCUGAGGAUCUUAUCAUCUGUCCUGUUAGUACUCAGUACGACAAGGUCAUCGAGACUGAAUCAUACAUCAGCGAGCUUCUUGGCCAGCCGAAGCCAAAGGAGAAUCUGGCCGAUUUUCUUUCUUCGUCUUCAGUUUUGUCUUUGAAGCUAGGCCGAGUUGAUGUCCGAUUCCACGAGCCAUGGAGUCUCCGAGACUUCAUUGGCCAACAGCUUACGCGACUGGAUCGUCCCAGCACGGACAUCAAUGACAAACUUAGCUAUACUGAUCGAGGCCGCAUUCUGCGAACAUUUGGCUAUCGGGUUCUGUCCAAUAUCAACGAUGUUUCUGUGAUGAUGCCAACCGCCCUUGUUGGAACCGUCCUCUUGACCUUGCGCGGUCGGGGAGUCGGAAAAGGUGAGCUAGUACGGCGAUUGGACUGGCUCUGCGAGAGGGUGCGAGCCAAAGGUGGUAGGGUCGCCCACUUCUAUCGCUCACCCACAGAGACGGUGGUUGACCGUGCACUGGAAGUCCUGGGGCCCAAGCUCGUCGGUGUGAUCUCGGGCCUAGUCGAGCCAACGUACUAUGCCGUGGAUCGCUUCCAACUUUCCUUCUACCGUAACAUGCUAAUCCACCUUUUCAUCACUGAGGCGCUUGUUUCUGUGGCUAUGUACACCAAGAUCAAGCAGGGCGGUGGGCCCACUAACCAAAGAAUCACGUAUGAAGCUUUGAAAAAACACGUCUCAUUCCUGUCGCAACUCUUCCGGGGUGAAUUCAUUUUCCCGCCCGAAGGUUUGGCCCACAAUUUUGAUCACACAUUAGGUGGGCUAGAGAAAGAUGAUGUGAUCAUGAUCACCCGUGAUGAGUCCGGCGCGCCGCUUUACGUGGAACUGAGUGAGUCUGAACGGCUAUGUGGUCGUGAGAACUAUGAUUUCUACUGCUUCCUGAUUUGGCCUUUCAUUGAAGCCUCCUGGCUUGGAGCAGUGUCUCUUCUUGGGUUGACACCGCCUCUUGACGGCCCGACGGAAGUUUGGAUUGAUAUGAAGAAAGCACAGGAUAGUGCUCAGAUCCUUGGUAAAACUUUAUAUCAUCAAGGCGAUCUCUCGUACUUUGAGGCGGUCAACAAGGAAACACUCAAGAAUUCCUAUCAACGAUUUGAGGAAGAGGGUAUUAUCCUGGUUGCGAAGAACAAAGAAUCCAAGGCCGGUUCGUCUCUCAGGCUGGCUCCUGAAUGGGCACCCCAACGCGACGAAAGCACUGGGAAAGUUCUCGACGGUGGUCGACUCUGGGAGUUUGUCGAAUUAAUUGCACAGUCUCGCCGCGAAGGAAAAAACCGUCGGGACGGCGCAACGGUUUCCUCGCGCGUUCUCACCAUGUCUGAUAUUGUUGGGCGAAAGCUAUUCCAAAACGCCGCAGCUCCAGUGCAUGCCGAUGUUUCGUCGCGCCAAAUGCGUAGGAAUGCACUAGGAACUGAGGCUAAACUGUAG